CUCCCUGCUGUCCUCCAUCCUGGACCAGUCCGGCCUCCGCCAGCGAUCCACCACCACUACUACCACAGACGGCUACUGGGGUUCAGAUCAGGAUACCAGUCUGAAAGGGAGGAGUUCAAGGACGGACCACAGCUCAACGGGUGCGAACGGCGGCGUCAACACUGUGUCGCACAGCCACGCCAUGGUCGCCAACGGUUACAUCUGUAAAGACUGUUCCAUACACUCUGAGAGGAAAGAAGCUCUCACCACAUACUCCUCCUCUUCCUCGUCUCAGGCUGCCUCUGCUGCAGCAGCUGCCGCCACCUUCUCCUCUUCCUCGUCUCAGGCUGCCUCUGCUGCAGCAGCUGCCUCCGCCCUUUCAUCCUCUUCCUCAUCUCAGGCUGCCUCUGCUGCAGCAGCUGCUGCCGCCAUCUCAUCAUCAUCAGCCUCAUCCUCCAGUUUAUACUGCACGGUCAAGAGUCAGAGGAGCAAGACAGGUCUCCUGGUGUCAGUCUCUAACACAUGUGUCCACUACAGCAGACGAGCCCUGGCCCCUAUAGUGUCCCUGGUGACACUGCUCUUCCAGAAUGUUCUGUGGCUGGGCACUAGGGCCAGGAGCCACUCAGGCAAAGGUGUCCUGGCGUCCCUCUUAGACAGGGCCAGACGGGCUGUCUCCUCCAGCGCGUCCCGUGUCUCUUGGCUCUUUAAGCAGACCACUCUCCACAGGAUGAUGGGCUACAGGGCCAACGGCUACGAAGGCAAAGCUCAUUCUAGUUACUGUGGGAGCAUGAAUGUAAAAGACCACGUGAUGGGAGACGGACGCCAACACUUUUUGAAUGGCUCGUUGUGUGACGACUGUAAAGGGAAGCAGCACCUGGAGACCAACACACUGGUCCAAAGUCACACACAGACCUCCAGAACUCACCGUCUACUGGGGGGCUACUGUCUGCUCCAGCCAGGUUACUAUGUAGUGAGGGCAGGCCUGGCGCUGGGGUCAGCAGUACGGUCAGUGGCUCAGAGACUCCUGUCGGUGCUGUGGCUAGUCCUGGGAGCUCCAGGUAAAGCAGCCAGGCGGUUGUUGUGGUGUCUGGGGACAGGCUGGUACCAGCUGGUGUCUCUCAUGUCUCUGUUCAACGUCUUCUUCCUGACCCGGUGCCUGCCCAGAAUGUGGAAGCUCCUCCUCUUCCUCCUUCCCCUCCUGCUACUUCUGUGGUUGUGGUUCUGGGGUCCGUCCAGUUUCCUCUCCUACCUUCCAGCCAUAAACCUGACAGAGUGGCGCUCCAGAGUGGUGUCCCCCUUCACCCUCUCAUCGUUUAUCCUGACCCCUGCCCUUGUUUCCACCCCCGCCACACCACUGGAGCAGACCCCCCCAGCACCCCCUGGCCCACAGGCACAGCCAGUCCUUCCCCCCAUAGUCACCGUGGACACAGAGGGCCUGGAGCGUCUGGAGCGGGUAGAGCAUGGUCUGACCCUGCUGUGGGAGCGGGUGGAGCAGGGAGACCAGAGCCAGGAGCAGCAUCACGGGGACACCCUGGCCCAGUACACCCUCCUGAGGGAGCAGCUGGACAGCCAGACGGACAGGGACAGCCUGGGUCUCUGGGUCUCUGGCUUGCUGGAGCACAGGAUCACCCUGCUGAGAGGAGAGCUGGAGCAGCAUGAGGCCUCACACAGGGCACAGACUGAAGAGCAGAGGGUUCAGCAGCAGAGUCAGGAGACACGGCUGGCUGAGCUGGAGGGGCUGCUGCAGGUCCUCGCUACUAAAACUGAGGCGGUGCAACAGAAACGGGAACAGCGGAAGGAGGAGACAGAGGAGACAGCCACACCAGCCCCUGCCUCUGUCCCUGUCAGUGUGGGUGUGGACCAGGAGGCCCAUGCUGCUUUGCUGGCGGAGGUGCAGAGGCUGGAGGGGGAGCUGGGUCGGAUCAGGGGCGACCUGCAGGGGGUGAUGGGAUGUCAGGGGAAAUGUGAGCAGCUGAACACAAUCCAGGAAACGGUGUCUACCCAGGUGUCCGCCCAGGUGAGGCGGGAGCUGCGGGCCCUGUUCUACGGCUCUGUCGACCAGACCCACCAGGGAGAACCAGACAUCCCCGAGGGUCUCCUCCAGUGGCUAUCGUCGCGCUACGUGAACGGGGCCGACCUGCAGGCCCUCCUGACCAACCUGGAGCUCAGCAUCCUGAGGAACGUGUCGCUGCAGCUGGAGCAGAGCAGGGCCGAGGCCCGGACGGAGGCUGAGGCCAGGGCUGCAGUCAUCACCACCCAGACCCAGGCUAUUACACAGAGUGUCCAACACACCGCCGUGGGCGGGGGACUGUCUGAGGAGCAAGUGCAGCUGAUCGUCCAGAAUGCCCUGAAACUCUACUCCCAGGAUAGGACGGGCCUAGUGGACUACGCCCUGGAGUCUGGAGGCGGUAGCAUCUUAAGCACGCGCUGCUCGGAGACGUACGAGACAAAGACGGCCCUCAUGAGUCUGUUCAGCGUGCCCCUCUGGUACUUCUCCCAGUCACCCCGUGUCGCCAUCCAGCCUGAUAUGUAUCCAGGGAACUGCUGGGCGUUUAAAGGUUCUCAUGGUUACCUGGUCAUCCGGUUGUCCCUGAGGAUCCUCCCCACAGCCUUCUGUCUGGAGCACAUCCCCAAGGCCCUGUCCCCUACCGGCAACAUCACCAGCGCCCCGCGCAACUUCACUGUCUACGGUCUGGAUGAUGAGUAUCAGGAGGAGGGAAAGCUGUUGGGUCAAUACAUCUACCAGGAGGACGGAGACUCAAUGCAGAACUUCCCUGUCAUGGAGAAGAACGAAAGGGCCUUCCAGAUCAUCGAGGUGCGGGUGCUGACCAACUGGGGUCACCCCGAGUACACCUGCCUCUACCGCUUCAGAGUCCACGGAGAACCACGCAUCCAGUGAGGGAGGAUGGCGGCCAUUUGAACUGCCAGUCAACAGAGAAAUGCAUAUCAUCCUAUCUGUAUAUAGUACUGGACAUAUUUUUCUAAAUGGAGGGGGCUGGGAAAAACCGAGACUUAUAUAGACGAGUGACUUCAGAAGUGUGGGGAUGGGUGUUUGAUUUAUGCUAGAAUGUGUCCAAUGGGGGUUUUGUUUUACUCGGUAUUGAAAUGGUGAAAGAAUGAACUGUAAUGAAAUGUCAGGGAA